GCUAGUUGCUCUGCCAGCUACCUCAGAGCGCGGACUGCAGCAGUGGGUACCCGGCAGAGGGCUCAGCUGGGUGAGAGAGCUGUGGGGAUAGUCCCUCCGGGAGGCAGGGAGUUGGAGCUGAGCGCUGGUGGGACAAGCUUCUCAAAGAAAGUUGGGGGAAAGUGGCAUUUCGGGGUGGAGAUGGCUUCCUCUGCCUCCAGCUUGCUUAACACCUCGCUCAUUAAUUAAUUAUUCUCCGGGUACCUCGUCCUUCCUUACCUUUCUUGAAUCUCCAAGUUCAUUCCCAGCUCCCCCUUCCCUUUUUGAACUAUCAUAUACACACCUUGCCUCUAUUUCUACCCUCCAUCUAAUUCCUUUCUGUAGCCUUUCCGUCCCCUUUACAAACUUCUUCCUCUCCCUAAUUUCCUUUUUUUCCUCUGACAAGCAGUUUAUGUUUCUUUUAUUUCAGUUACUUUUGUCCCAUCUAAACUCCCGACCUCUUUUCUUUCCAUCCCUUACCAUCGUUUCACCUCCCACUCUCCCAAACAUCUUCCCCUUCCCUAUCUCCAUCUCCCUCCUCUCCUUCCUUUCAUUCAUCCGCCCAUAUUUCUUCAAGCACCAUCCCAUGGAUAACUUUCCUCUCUGGACUGUCAACAGCACCCCGUGGAGCUCCCCUUUACCCCUAAACGCCACCACACCCUGGCUGGGUAGGGAUGAGGAGGUGGCCAAAGUGGAGAUCGCGGUGCUAGCCACCAUCCUGGUGCUGGCCACCGGCGGCAACUCGGUGGUGCUCCUGGCCCUGGGCUGGCCGGGCCGCAAGCGUUCCCGCAUGCACCUGUUUGUGCUGCACCUCGCCCUCACCGACCUGGGGGUGGCACUCUUCCAGGUGUUGCCCCAACUCCUGUGGGACAUCACCUACCGUUUCCAGGGCUCUGACCUCCUCUGCCGCGUGGUCAAGUACCUCCAGGCCCUGAGCAUGUUUGCUUCCACCUACAUGCUGCUGGUCAUGACCUUGGACCGAUACCUAGCUGUCUGCCACCCACUGAGGACCCUCCACCAGCCUAGCUGCUCUGUCUACCCUCUCAUUAUUGCCACCUGGCUCCUGGCUGCGGGUCUCAGUCUCCCCCAGAUCUUCAUCUUCUCACUAAGGGAGGUGAGGCAAGGUACUGGGGUGCUAGAUUGCUGGGCUGACUUUCGCUUCUCCUGGGGGCUUCGGGCCUACAUCACAUGGACCACACUGGCCAUCUUUGUCCUUCCUGUGGCCGUACUCAUAGCCUGUUACAGCCUCAUCUGCUAUGAGAUCUGCAAAAACCUGAAGGGCAAGACUCAAGCUUGGGGAGUGGGAGGAAGAGGCCAGAGGGCUGUCCUGAGAGGGGCUGCCUCGUUCCAGGCUCUGGGAGGGGCCAUCCAGGGCCUGCCUUCUCGAGUCAGCAGCAUCAGCACCAUCUCCAGAGCCAAGAUCCGGACCGUGAAGAUGACCUUUGUCAUUGUGUUGGCUUACGUUGCCUGCUGGGCGCCUUUCUUCAGCGUCCAGAUGUGGUCAGUGUGGGAUGAAAACGCCCCUGAUGAAGAUUCCACCAAUGUGGCUUUCACCAUCACCAUGCUGCUGGGCAACCUCAGCAGCUGCUGCAACCCCUGGAUCUACAUGUGUUUUAGCAGCUACCUGCUGCCAGCUCCGAUGCGGGACCUCUCCUGCUGUGGGCAGCCCCAAGCCGGACUGAAGAGACGAUUCUCCAAUGGAAGCCUCUCGAGCCGUCGAACAACCCUCCUCACACGUGUCAGCCACCCUCCGCACCUGAGCCUCAGUGGGAGCCCCCGGCCGGAGGAAAACCUCAAGGAGUUCUUUGCACCCAAUGAAAAUACCAUCGUUGAGACCAGAGCCCUUUAGAAGAAUCCCCAAAGGGACAGAGCACCCUUUGUUUGGGGGGAUUUUAUGUGGUAAAAGUGGGAAGAGGAGGAGGGAUGAAUUGAGAGGACCCCUCUUUAAUCUUUUAUCCUUUUAAUCUUUUAUCCUUCUCCAAACUUUAUCCAGAUCAUAGAUAUACAAGCUCUCACUAGGUCUGUCUUCACAAUCUUUCUAUGCUGGUGUAUGGGGUGCUCAGGGGGACUAGAACUUUUGGGGUGAGGUCUGGCCAAGCCCAUGGCAGAGCUACUUUAUCCAUCUUUGUGUCCACCUGGUGCUGAACCUCGGCUCCAAGAAGCCACAUCCUGGUAAACCUUCUCAGCAGAAAAGCUAAGUCCAGCUGCUGGUAGCCAAGGGGAUGUCUAUUUUGAGCAUGUGAAGUCUUCCCUAGUGGAAUGGACCAAUAAGAGCAGUUUGUUCCCAUGGCCAUGAAGCAGGCUGAAGCAGGCAUUCUGGAGAGCUUGGAGCUUGGUUAGACCCUGAAGAUCCCCAAGUCAUCCACUGCAUCUUGAUUUUUGUUCUGCCCCUGGUCUUUGAUUCUGGAAAGGAGAAUGAGGCUGAGGAUUUCAUGCAACUGUGUCUCACUUAAAUUCACUUCAUUCAGGAAUUAAGACAUCACCCUGUGUUGUCAUUUGGCUCUGCUGAAACGCCCUUCCAGAGCUUGUGUAGACUUCACUUCCCAGUCAUGCGGAAGUCCCAGCGGAGGAGGAUGUUAAUGUCACUGAUCAAUCCCAAACUUCAAUGGUGAUGGGAGAUCCCAUUGUCUCAGAGCCAAAAUUAGAGACCAGCCAAGGUUUAACACUUCUGAAGGAAAUGUCAGACUUAAUGGUGACCAUAAGACCAGAAACUCAUUGGUGUUGGCUCUUGACCGGCACUAUGAGAAUUGUGCUUUUAAAGUUAAAAAUUAUAGGGUAUUUUGGAUCUGGAAGGAACCUUAACUGCCAUCAAGUUCAAGGUCUUUCCUUUUACAUAUGAAGAAACUGUCACCGAAAGGGUAAAUUUCUUAUUCAGAAUCCCAGACCUGGUAAGCAUCUGAGAUAGGAUUUGCUGAAUCCAAGUCCAGCAUCCUUGCUACUAUUCUGUACUUUUAGGAGUUGGUAAAGUAAAGUGGAAAUCAGCCCACUAUGAAACUGCUUGAAUUUUUUAGCAAUGGGAUUAUAACUGAAAGGGGCAUUAAAGACCAGAAUCUAAUGCUCUUAUUUUGCAGAGGAACAAAAUGAGACCCAGAAAGGUUAUGUAAGUCAUCCGUGGCACUUGUGGGAUUUGAACUCUCCUCUUCUGUAUCCAGAUACAAUCUUCUUUUUACUGUACUAUACUGAGUUGUAGAUGAGGAACCUCCUUGGAAUUGGAGCCACUCAGGGAAAGAAGUUUUUAGGGGGCCUGGGGGCCUGAUGAAGAAAGGAAAAUAAAGGGGUCCAUAGGCUCAUUUUGUGGCAAGAUCUGUUUUUGUGGGUGGGACACAUGAAUUCAAACCUCAGUUUUGCUAUUUACAACUGUACCUGUGUGACCACAGACAAGUAGUUUGCUUCUCUGAGACUCAUUGGUAAAAUGAGGUGGUUGGAACCUUAGAGUUCUUUUCUAGUGAACUACAAGUAGAAAAUUUUAGACCUACUGCUCUAAAGCCUUUGAGGAGCAGUGAGGGAGAAGAAAUGAUGAUUUAGCUUUGGGAGCUGUAUCCCUGUCAGGGGGGGAUUUGGUAAACACAAUAGAGAAAGAGGGGGGGUUUCUUUAGUUUGUAUGAAAAGAACCUUAAGCUAAAUCUCUUCUACCUGUUUUAUGCUUGUACGUAAAGGGACCUGGGUUACAGCCUCCUCUGGGUCUGCCCUGAGUGAUUUCCUUAAUCCUAAAACAGGGGGAUCUAGGUCCUAGCCCCAGAAUCCUGGAUAACGGUGGAACCUCAUGGUUCUUAAAGCAAUCAUGAAGGGAAAAAAAGACAUUGUGAUUAAAGACAGGUGUGGCCUUUGAAAGGUCAAUAAUGAAUGUAUAGUAGAGAUGUACUAGGAUACCAUAAUCUACAGUAGAGAACAAUAUUUUCAUAGUAACAACUUUUUAUUGUUAGAGGAGUGAAAUAUCAAUCUUGGCCCUGUCAGCAGCACUGAUAAAUUCUAGCUUCUGCAGUGGUCAGAUUGCUCAAUUUUGCCUUAGGGCAAGGAUUCUUAACCUGGACCCUUCUGACAGGCUCUGAAGUCUUUGAAUCUCUUCUUAGAAUGCCAUUUAAAAAUCUAUAAAAUAAAUUAUGUAGGAUUACAAGGAAAAUCACUUACAUUGAAAUAUAAUUAUCAGAAUAUAUUUUUUUGAAAACCAAGUUCAUGAAGAAGUGAUAUCCCUACACAGGCUACUGUGGAAGAUGAGUCUUUGACCUUUCUCUGCUCCAUGUUAGCCUACCCGCUGAUGGCUGCUGUGAAUUUUAUUAAAAGAGAAUCGCCCAUUCUGACUCUAAAUACAAUUAGAAGCUCCUGUCUGUUUGGACACAAUCGGCUCCUCCACUCUCUCUCCCAUCCCUUUCCAAUAAGGUUUUGAUUACAGAUGGUAUUGAUUUGUAAAUAAAAUUAGAGAGCUUUACUGCCAGUAUCACCUCAGAUUUUAUUAAAAAAAAAUUUUUUUUAAAGGUUGAAUCCAUUUUAUGAAGAUCCAUGCAUUUAGAGAGAAAAGACAUGGGUGGAAAGACUGGAUGUUUGUUUGAUUGAAUCCCUCUCCCUCUCUCUGUUUAAUUUUUCUCAUUUGUAAAAUGAAAGGAUGUACUAGAUGACCUUUAAAGUCUCCUCCACUUCAGACAUUGUGACCCUGUGAGCUCUCCCAGCAUCUUCAUCUAAAGAUGUUGCAAGUGCCUUCAGUACCAGAGACCUGCCUUUUAGUUCUGUAGCUUCCAUCACCUUGGUUUGAGACAGUUUUCAUAUGUGCUCAUUAAUAUGUAAUCAAUCCCCUUCUCCUUCCAAUCAUUUUGGUUAUCUUUUCUCUUGUCUUUGCCUAUAUUUAAUUGAGCCUUUGAGAUGACUUUUGACCCUCUCCAGACUUACCAAGCUGCCUUUCAACGGCAGUUUUCCUUUUUAGUCUAAAAGUCCUGAAUUUAAUGACUGUAGGUAAAUGGGUCUCAUUCCUAAGAGGUGUAGUUUAAUCACUCUAGAACUAGAAUAACUGAGCCUGUCAUAGCCUAAUUCAGUUACCUGAAAAUAAGAGGCUCAAGACCAAAUAUUAGAAAAUCAUAGAUUCUGUCUUCUAAAGUGUCCCUGUACCAUUAUAGGAAAUACAUUUGGUAUGUGUUUUUAGAACUGGAAAUUACUCAUCUAAAUCAGGAUUGUUAUAUUUGCUCCUGGCAGCAGACUACAAAAUUCCUUAGAGGGCUCUAAUCUGAAUAAUAAUGAUAAUAAUCUGAAAUUGUUGUUGGAAAAUGUUUAAUAGAUAAAUAAAAAUACAGGAUAACAUGUUAAGAGACAAUGUUUCGAUUGUCUCA